CGUGCUAUCGCUGCCAAUGUUCCAUCUCUAAAGCACACACAGCUCAAGAAUUACAUUGUCUUAUCAAAUCGUAGCAAAUUCGCCAUGGGUCGUCUAAUACUCGAGCACACACUACAAGGCCACAAAGGGCGCAUCUGGGGAGUCGCCUGGCAUCCGAAAGGCAACAGCUUCGCUUCGUGUGGCGAGGACAAAGCCAUCCGUGUUUGGUCCCUCUCUGGGAACAGCUGGAGCACUAAAACCAUAUUGUCCGAUGGACAUAAGCGCACAAUACGCGAGGUACGCUGGUCGCCAUGUGGUGAGUACUUGGCCUCGGCCAGCUUCGAUGCCACUACCGCCAUUUGGUCCAAGCACGAAUGCAAUGCCACCCUGGAGGGCCAUGAGAACGAGGUGAAGAGCGUUAGUUGGUCACGCAGUGGAGGCCUCUUGGCGACUUGUUCACGCGACAAAUCUGUGUGGAUCUGGGAGGUGGCUGGCGAUGAUGAGUUUGAAUGCGCCGCUGUACUUAACGCACACACGCAGGAUGUGAAGCGUGUUGUGUGGCAUCCAAAACUCGAGAUUUUGGCUUCUGCCUCAUAUGACAAUACCAUCAAAAUGUUUGCCGAAAGUGCCUUAGACAGCGAUUGGGAUUGCACAGCUACGCUCAGCUCGCACACGAGCACAGUGUGGAGCAUUGACUUUGAUGCCGAUGGCGAUCGUUUGGUGUCCUGCAGCGAUGAUGCUACGCUCAAGAUCUGGCGAGCGUAUCCGCCGGGCAAUGAAGCUGGUAUUGCGACACCGGACAAAACAACCGUAUGGAAGUGUGUCUGCACCAUAGCAGGGCAGCAUUCGCGUGCCAUUUACGAUGUGUCGUGGUGCAAGCUAACUGGGCUUAUUGCUAGCGCCUGUGGCGAUGAUGGCAUUCGCAUCUUCAAGGAGACAAGCGAUUCCAAACGGGAUGAACCCACAUUUGAGUUGCUAACGACCGAGGAAAGUGCACACGAACAGGAUGUGAAUGCUGUCGAAUGGAAUCCUGUGACGCCAGGUCAACUGAUCUCCUGCAGUGACGAUGGCACCAUUAAGAUAUGGAAACUAAGCGAGUAG